UAAUAAUCGGUCUGCAAUUUGCAAUGGAAUCUGGAGAUGCAUGAUACCUACAGAUUCAUAGUUUUGUAUAUGUUUCAAUAGAGUUCAUUUAUAGCAAAAGUGAGCAAGUGAGUUUGCAUAUAUGUGAUUCCUUGCUUGAGAGUUGGAUUAGUAGAAGGCCUCCCAUGCAUCAUGCAAAUUCCCUGUAGUGCCUUCAUUCAGAUACAAGUUUCUCAUCAGACACAUGCUAGUUUUGCCUAUUGCUCAAGAUACUAAUAUGCCUUCUCUUGCUUUAAGCCCAAAAUAACCGCAAUACAGAGUUUCAAAAUAUCAAUAUUUGUAGCAACCCUUUCAACAAUUCACCAUGGGUCAAUCUCUGAAGAAACAAGGAAAUGGUGAAGAAACACUGAAGGAGAAAGAAAUCAGAGCAAUCACUGAAAAAUGUUAUGAUGCAUAUUUUGCUGACCCUGACAAAGAUUACAGCUCGGCUGAAUUCUUCUUUGCAGUCUCCCGAACUGUGGAAGAGAUCAACAAAAUGAUCGGUAGCACACAGAUACGUGUACCCAGUGCUGCAACACUUGAAGAUGCGUUCAAUAUUUGCAUGAAGGAGAGAAUAUUGUGUAGCUCCGUAAAGAUGUUGAAAAGACUGAUGGAGGGAGAGGAUUUAUUUGAUUUGCAGAAGUACCACCAAGACAAAGGAAAGGCUUUAACAAAGGAAGAGUUUCAGAAGAUUCUUCAGGCUGUUAUUCUAGAUACGGGAGUGUCGGGCAUGGGAGCUAAAGACAUGCUCCUCUACAUCUUUGGUGUUCCAUUAACUGCUGUGUUUCUGAAGCAACAAAUCAUUCCUGGAGCUAUUCGAAAUGAUGUUUUCAUUCCUGCUGUUACUUCAGCAACUGUUUUUCUGCUUGCUAAACUUAACAAAAUUUGAUUCAUAUCUUUGCCUGUAUAUUAUUAAUUAUGUAUUGAUUGAUGAUCUUAAUUGAGUGAACUUCCAAAUAUUGUACCCUA